CACCACAGACACAGCAUUUGCCCACAGGCAAGAUAACGAGGAAGCUGGGUGUUUGCCAGCUACCUGCUCUGAGAAUGGAAACUUCACCAGAAGGAGGGUUACGCCUUUCAACUCCCAAAGGUUAAUUGGUUGAUCCAAAAAUGGCAUUCCCCGAGUUGCUGAAGAGAACGCUAAGCAGAGAGGUCUGGUUCCUAACCAACUUCCCUCUGACUGAUAAGAACAGAUGCUCAUGUUCGAGGCUGUGAGUGUGUGAUGGCUGCUCUGUGACCUGUAUGCACUAGCAGUAUCGCGCUGGGCAUUGAAUGCAACAAGCUCUGGCUCUGAUUGUGCCCCAGUGAUCCGUGAGUAGGGCAGGCUAGACGGUAAGGGUGAUGCAGAGUUUCCUGUAGGAAGAUAAUAUAGUGAUCCAUGCGCUAUCACCCAAGGAUGGAUCACGCUCUCCUCCUUGGAAAGAGGCCUCAGCUGCAUCCACAGCCAAUUUCUCCACACAUUGCAUUACAACAGUUGUCCUGCCGAGGUAAGAGUGCCUUCUCCUGUAGGAGAAUCCUAGGUGAUCCACGACAGAGUUUGGUACUUGCUGAGCCUGUCCCUACCCACAUAUGGUAAUUUUGCACUGAAAUGACCUUAUAUGAAGAUUGCGACGUUCAAGAUCCAGUCUUUGAGGGCUGUGCUUAGAAGUGUUUACACUGUGGACUUUAGAACUGAACUUAGCUCCAGUGAGAGGUGCAGCCAGGAUGUUGAAGUGGCUUUUGCUGGUGCUGUGGGUUCACAUGAGCUGCUGGGGCUCAGGAUCCUGUGGGAAGGUGCUGGUCUGGCCCACCGAUGCCAGUCACUGGCUCAACAUAAAACGGGUGCUGGAGGAACUCUCCCUUCGGGGCCACGAUGUGACUGUGCUGGUGCCUUCAGCAAAUUUGCUCAUCAAUCACAAUGAGUCCUCUUCCCCAUUUGACUUUGAGGUCCUGCCGGUGCCCUUUACCAAGGAGACAAAGGCGGCCCUGUUGGAGGACUUCUUGCACCUGUGGAUGUACGAGCUUCCCCAUCUGUCCUACUGGAAGUUCAUGUUGAAAAUGAAAGAAUUCAUGGAAGUCUCUAUCAAGAUGUUCAAGCAGACCUGUGACAGUGUGGUGCUGAACCCCAGGCUGAUAGCAAAGCUCCGGCAAGCGGGGUUUGAUGUGCUAAUCUCAGAUCCUCUUUCUCCGGGCGGUGAGCUGGUAGCAGAGUUGCUUGAAAUCCCUUUUGUCUAUACUUUCCGGUUCUCUGAAGGGAACACAGCGGAGCGGCUGUGUGGGGGGCUUCCAGCCCCUCCUUCGUACGUACCUGCCAGCACAGAGGGACUGACGGACAGGAUGUCCUUCACAGAGAAGAUGACAAACUUGCUGCUUUAUAUUUACCAUGAUGUGUUUUUCCUGCAUUUCUGAGUGGAUGAAUUGACUCAGUAUUACAGUGAUGUCUUA